UCCGUGGUUGUCGGUUUUAGCUGGACUUCCUUACAAAUACAUUAAAAACAUUUUCUUCUCUCAAUUUCUCUCUCUCUCUCUCUCUCUCUCUCUCUCUCUCUCCCUGCUUCUACUUGUAAAUUCCAGUUCAAUACUCGCCGGACCGGUCCGAUCCCGGUCUAAUUCGCCGUCAUGAAUCCUGAGUACGACUAUCUGUUUAAGCUUUUGCUGAUUGGGGAUUCUGGAGUUGGCAAAUCAUGUCUUCUUCUGAGGUUUGCGGAUGAUUCAUAUCUUGACAGUUACAUUAGCACAAUUGGAGUUGACUUUAAAAUUCGGACUGUGGAGCAAGAUGGAAAGACCAUUAAACUUCAAAUUUGGGAUACUGCAGGACAAGAACGGUUUAGGACAAUCACUAGUAGCUACUACCGUGGGGCACAUGGCAUUAUAAUAGUUUAUGAUGUGACAGACCAAGAGAGUUUUAACAAUGUUAAGCAAUGGUUGAAUGAAAUUGAUCGUUAUGCGAGCGAAAAUGUAAACAAGCUUUUGGUUGGGAACAAGUCUGACCUCACUGCUAACAAAGUUGUUUCUUAUGAAACAGCAAAGGCAUUUGCGGAUGAAAUUGGCAUUCCAUUCAUGGAGACAAGUGCCAAAAACGCUACUAACGUGGAACAAGCUUUUAUGGCCAUGGCUGCUGACAUCAAGAACAGGAUGGCAAGCCAACCAGCAGCAAACAAUGCAAGGCCACCAACUGUGCAGAUACGUGGACAACCUGUUAACCAGAAGUCUGGCUGCUGCUCUUCUUAGCUGGCUCUUGAUUGACCUCGCGACCACAAGUGGCUUCUGAAUUGUCCUGGAAUAGACUAUUCCCACAUUAAACUAUAAAAUCAUUUUCUUUUUCAGUUGUUCUGUAUGCAAUUAAAAGGAGAUUGAUGUUUUCAGUUUAUCUUGUUGUUUAAUAUCCUGUACAAAUUGUGUCUUGCUUGAUAUUAGUAAAUGUUAAUUGUCAUUA